AUGGAGAGUGUGAGUGAAGAAGCACCUAGUUCAGCUUCUACAGGAGUGAUGAAGAGCACAUGGAAUGGAAUUUGGAAGUUGGAGGUCCUAAAUUGUAUUCAUCUACUCAUGUGGCAUGCUGGGACUAACUCUUUACCUACAAGAGUUAACUUGGCCCAUCGCAAGAUGAUGACAGAGACUACCUACCUCCAUUGCAAGCUAGGACCCGAGGACACACUACAUGCUCUCAAGACAUGCCCACUUUUAUCCAUGGUAUGGUGGGUAUCUUUUGCCGAAUUGGUUGAUGCUACUAACUCUGUUUCUAGCUUUCUAGACGUUAUUCAGCUUGCACAACAGGACAGAAACAAACUCCGCCUAGAGGAAAAUGCGGUUCUGUUAGUAAAGAUCAAUUCCAUGGCUUGCGAGGCACUUCAGGAGUACCAUCAACUUCAUCCCAUUCACGCCAAGAUCCCGCAUACAACGAGAUCAGUAAGGUGGCGUCCUCCACCGGCAGGUCUACUCAAAGUUAAUUUUGAUGGGGCGUUUUUUGCUGAAGAAAACACUGCUAGUCUUGGUAUUAUAAUCCGUAAUGAUAACGGAUUGGUUAUGGCAGCUUUAACACAACAUAUUCCACUACCUGCUUUGGUAGAUGGUGGAAGUGCUAACAGUGUGCCAAGCUCUUUGGUUUGCAAAGGAGUUGGGUUUUCGAAGCUUGAUAGUUGA